AUGUUGUCGGAAGAAUUCGUCUCAGGCAUCUGCGGCCAUCCUCUGAGCUCCAACACGUCCAUCGCCAAGGACGUGGGCAUCUACGGCCACACCCUGAGCCCUACCUACUCAGUCAAAUACAACUUCAAGAAGAGCUCAGCGCCGGUAAACUGCGUUGCCGUCAGCGAUACACAUGUCUACGCUGCUCAGGAGAACAAAGCCUAUGUCCACGUUUACUCGAGGAUACGCGGGAACCAGGAGGCUUUUGUGGCUUUCCCCGAGAGGAUCCGGUGCUUGACUUUGGCUGGUGACGUCCUGAUUUUGGGCACAGCAGAAGGUCGGCUCAUGCUUUGGGAGACCUCAACCGGCCGCCUAAUCUCCACCCCAGCGCGCCACGUCCAAGCAGUCUCCGUCGUGGUCUCCACGCCCUUCCAUGUCCUCACCGGCUCCGACGACUCAGACAUCCACGUGUGGUCCCUCCCCUCCCUUUUGGAACUGACGCCCUCCUCCGCCGAACACGAGCCCGAGCGCAGUCUCUCUAAUCACCGCGCCGCCAUCACCGCCCUCUCCGUGAACGCCUCGGUCUCCUACGACACUAACCUUGCCGUCUCGGCGUCUAAGGACAAGUCCUGCAUCGUCUGGAACUACCAAACGGGCGACGCCUUGCGCACCCUGCUUUUCCCCAGCUUUCCCUUGUGCAUGUCCCUCGACCCGGCCGCGCGCGCCAUCAUUGUGGGCUGCGAGGACUCGUCGCUUUACAUGGCCGAGUUCUUCAAGGGCGCUGGCGAUGGCAAGGCCCUUUUGGGCGCUCAGUCCGAGGACUCGGCAACGGUCAUGCAGAUUUCUUCACCCUUUGGGUCUACGCAACCUGGCGCUGGCCCGGCGUCGUGCUUGGCGUUUAGCUACGAUGGCACGACGCUCUUGACGGGCCACCCGAGGGGACAGAUCAUGAAGUGGGAUGUGGUGGAUAACAAGGCGCCAGUGGAGCUGACGAACCUCAACGCUGCGGUGACGAACUUGGUGUUUGUCUCACCGUUUGCCAAGAACAGGGUCGAGGCGACCAGGACGUCGACGAUUGUCAAGCCGAACCAGGCGGAACGCGCUUACACGGUUACGACGCAGCUUGAGGCGGAUCUGAGGAGCCAGACGAGGGUGGAUGAGUUGGUGGGCUCGACGGGUUUCAGCCAGCUGGCGCUGGAAAGCGCUAUUGCGGAAUUUCAGCAGGCCUUGGCGGAGAAGGAGGUUGAGAAGAAGGAAUGA